AUGGCGAAGAUAUCUGUUGCCAAAUCCAACCGUUGUGAGUGCCGAAAGCGAGGGCCGAUCUCGAAAAAGGGUAAGGCCGGCAAAAUUUCGCAACCUCCACGGGUUCCUAAAGGUCGUAUGUCGGCGCCUUAUAGUAAUAUCGACUAUAAGCACAAUGUUCUAGCCGCGGAUAACAUCCGAAUCCUCGGAGAGGACACUAUCUUCAAAUUGGAUCGAGAAGAUCGAUCGGGCCAAAAUAUUUUGGAUCUCUAUUAUGGAUUCAAGAAUAUGAUUGUUGGUCAGAGAGAGCAUACGACAAAAAUAGGCUCCCUAGUCGAAACUUGCCAUCGCAUCCUAAAGGGCUACAACGAUCUCAAGGCUAGUCGCAACCCUGACUGGGACUAUGUCAUGGACGAAAGCCUCACAUCACAAGAAAACGCUCUGGAAAUCGAUGAGUACCUCUUCCGCUCAACGCUUCGAUUAUCAGCUAGGCAGCGACGCUCUACAGCGAAGCAACAGCUGGAGCAAAAGUUCCAAGAUCUCCUUAUCGCCGAAGUUGAAAUCUUGGAAAAUCUCAUGCUAAAUCAAGGUGACCUCCAGGGCAUGACCAAUCACAAAAUACAUAGAGGAAUCGGUCCAAAACACGUUGUUGCUAACAUUAAGGAUCACAUUAAACCCGAUUACCUAUGCGGUUACUCAAACGCCCAGUCAGCACUUUCAAUACCAUCGGAAACCUGGGAUAAAAUCCCUCGGUCACUAUGUGUACUUUCACCGAACAGCGAAGAAAGCGCUGAGUGCCUCUUCCUUCCUUUUCUCGCCUUGGAGCUCAAAUGGAGAGGGACUUCAGAGCGAGUAGUUAAAAACCAACUGGCUCGAUGUUUGUCCAUACUCGCGGAGCGACAGGCAGAACUCGAGAGAAUUUCAAAUAGCGUGAGUACAACACCUAUCUUUGGUCUUACUGGAGUUGAAAGGGACUUCACUCUCUGGGUAAUGUUUCGAUAUGAGAGUAAUUACGGGGGAGAGGUCCGAACCCACUAUGAUAUGUGCGAGCUCGACUCCUACGAUUUAACAUCUAAGGAUGAUGUAGAGGGCUUCCGUGCUGCAAUGACUAAUAUACAUGAUUGGGUGGAAAAUGAAAGGAAGGCGCAUUUCAUGAGGUUCCAACUCCCCGACCCCGGAAUGGCGUCGUCGCAGGCUCACUCAUCGGUAGAACCCGCUUCCCUUUCAUAUCUCGCCAUCUUCAACCCCUCCCUCGGACUCACAGACGAAACACUACCCGACCAAAUCGUCUUCUGGACGUCGCGUUCACCGGCUUCGCAAAAUGAGUGUCUGAGACAGAUAGGCCUUGCGCAAGGAAUAAUCGAAUUCGCAAGGGGCUUCUCUGGAGCGCAGGAUUUAAACUCCGUCGAGACGCAGAAGAGCAGAAUCGUGCUCCAUGAGAUCGAGGCCGGAUGGUGGAUUCUAGCUUCAAUCGAGUUUACGAGGAUCGAUUAUGCUACUGAACCUCCAACUACGGAAUACUCGCCGCGAGAGGUAGCACCGUAUUCAGUACUCAUUUCACAACUUAAGACGUCAUAUCGACAAUUUCUGCUUUUCAACGGAAAUCUUGAUUUCAUACUAUCGAAUCACGGGCGGGACGUCCUUGUCCAGCGACUAGACAAGUUUUAUGCACGAUGGGCAUUGGAGUGGGUGAUUCUGCUAAAUGGCAAUCCUGCUGUGGACGUAUGGAAUGGAAUCAAAAUUGGCAGAGGAGUUGGUGAAGAGGAAAAGAAAGUACUUGGUGGCUUCGCAGAUCAGAAUCGGACCGAAGCAGACGGGUCGGAACGAAUGAUCGAUCUCGUUGUAUCUCGGUUCGGGAAACUACCCGGCGAUGAAAAGGAUGUGAAGGAUACAAAGAAAACUAAGCUAGGAUUUUCAACCCGAGGGACAGGAAGGAUCCCUGGCCCAGAUGAUGGGUGUAUUUAUAGGGGCCUGGGAAACUUGACCAACGAAAGUGUGAGGGAUUUGGCAGAAUGGAUGGCAAGAUGGUAUCAACAUGGAGAUUCCUCUUUCGACUAUCAGACGGUACGACCGUCGAGGAAGAAGGCUCGCCGCGGCAAAUCCAAAACGACUCCGGUGCCCCCACCAGCGGAAACCCCGCCAUCAGGAAUUACAACUACGAUAACGGCAGCAGAGGCGCCUGAGGGAUCAGCUUCAGCAACAGCAGCGGAGACUGUGGCUCCCAUCGAAGAAGCUAGCGAACCGGAAACGAGGUUGCCUCCCCCGCUUUUCCCAACAGAAAGUCAACAGAACGCCCGGGAGGCAGAACAACCGCCUACAUCUGGUCUAGAAGGUCCUAAAUCUAAAGAUAAGGAUAAAAAGAAGGGCAAGCCGUCUGAUGUGACUGGUGGAUCGAGCAAUGGACAAUCUUCAGGGUCAAAAGGAGGCAAUAAUCUGAUGCUAAAUGUUCUAACAUUGGGCACAUAUGCGGCAUACUCUGCUUGGAAUCGAAAAGGAGAGGAUGAUCCAUCUAAAGCGGAUACGGCCGAUCAAAAUGCAGAACCAAACCCCACGGAGGUAUCUGGCAGGUUCAUUAUUGGGUAUACCGGUGCUUUGGACGAAGAUGAAGAAGACUCGGUUGUGAGUGAUGAAAACGUAGACCAAAAGGAUUUCAUAUCAACCACUAUCUGGGUCGCGAGGACGAAGGAUAUGUCACCUAAUGAAGAUGGCGCUGAUAAACAACCUAUUCUUGAGGAGUGCCGUCUCGUUGCAUAUGCCGCAUAUCCCUUCAUAUUCGCGAUGCUCUUUCGUUCGACUAACGAAUCCCUUACGAAACCAAGCUUCUACAAGCUACUUCACGAGCAGCUAGCCCCCCUGAAGGCCCCACUGAUAUCUUCAUCCGAAAAGCAAUAUCAACCGUCAAAUCAUAAGGGUGUUUUCGAUCUUAUAUUUGAUCCAGCCACCUUGACCGUGCAUACAUCUCUGCCUAGUAUUCCGGGGGCGCCACCCAAUACUCCGCUAGACAGUACGACCAAUGGAGGACUGCCAAGGGUUGAAGCCCUUCACGUCCACACGCAAAUACUGAGGGUGAUUGAAGACACUAGGUGGAAAGACAUUCCCCUCGGUGCCCCCUCUGGAGAAAGGGAACGAACCAACCGAACAAGCCGGGGCUGGUGGAUCGCUUGGAUGCGCCUCGAAGGGGUCGAGCCACAGAACAGAUCUCAGCUAGCUUCUACCACCUCCCCAGCUACCACCAUCGACUCUCAGAUAGAACAACAGGGUCUUGUACCACCUGCAGAUGAAAUUACGUCUUUUAUCGGCUCGGUUAGCAAGCAUCGACGGGGGCGCCGAGAAGCAUUUAUUAUCCGAAAGGGGUCCGAUCACAGAACGCAUGUACGGGCUUCAAAAGACAGCAAGAGCGGGUUUUCCAUCCCAAUAAAACUAAGCGGCGGGCUUGGCAUCGAUACUAAACAUUAUUUCGACCAAUUAUUAAACCUUACAGCAAGGACUUAG